UUUCAGCGUCUGUUGUAAUUGUAAUGGCGCCGGUCGCAGACAGAAGAUUGAAGGAGAGAGUCUGAAAUACUGACCGCUGGUUGUGGACGUUUCGGCUCUAGUUUCGCUGGGGCACCCUGUCAGAAGCGUAACCAUAUCCGUCCCAUUUUACGCCCCUCGGGUUAUUUUCGCUGGUGGAGAGUGUUUUGGCUGAAGGCAGAUGUACCCGUCGUGGGGUCGCUACGGUGGGGGAGGGGCGCACAUCCCGUAUUAUGGCGGAGCUGCUCAGCCUCCAAUGCUUCCCGCGCCGCGGGUCCCGGCCCCGGGGCUGGUCGUCGGCCCCACCACCGUGCCCCCGCCUGUCCCCAGCACCGGCCUGGGCUCGAACUUCCAGACCCUGAGGGAACAGCACCUCCAGCAGAUGCAGCAGCUGCAACAGAUGCACCAGCAGCAGUUGCAGUCAGUGCUACAGCAUCCUUCCCACCAGCAUCAACCACCACCGUCAAUACCGCCACCACCUUUGCCACCUCAUCUGCAGCAGCCUCCACCAAACAUUUGGGACACCACCAAUACCCAGAGCCCACUCACUCAGACCAAUCAAUCCACUCAGCAACAUCCUGAUUUCUCCUCCGUGGCUUUACAGUCAACAUCAGCAAGCACUGUGGCAGCAUCUGGUGACAAAAAGGCGAAUGAUUACGCAUUAGCAAUGAAUGGAUCUUAUCAACAGCAACAACAACAAUAUUGGUAUCAACAGCAUCUGCAGAACCUACAGAAGCAUGGAAGCAAACAGUAUGGAGAUCAGCAAGAACAGAGCCAGAGUGCAGAAAUGAAUCAGGUUAGCGAUUCAGCACAGCAGACACCUGCAGAGGACAAGGAUUGUUAUGCUACACAGCCACCAUUGCCACCAGCUCCACCUUAUGAAGUAACCAAAACGCAGCCACCACCUCCACCUCCCAAAGAAGAGAUGCCCCCACCUCCGCCACCUGAAGAAGCAAAGCCUACCAUUCAACCACCAGAAAAUCCAGAGGAAGCAGAGAGAUUGAAAAUGUUGCAAGCAGCAGCCGCUCAAUGGCAGCAACAACGCAUUGAGUAUCAGCAGCAAACCAUGAUGCAACAACAUAAUCAACUUCAACAACUGCUGCAACAGUACCAGCUUCUAAUGCAGCAAAUCCAUCACAUACAGUCAUUGCCUCUGGAAAUGCAGCUGAGACACUUAGAGAUGCAGCAACAGCAGUUCAUCCCUCUGUAUCAAGAAUGGCAGCGACAGUUCCAGAUUUGGAAGGCCCAGCUGCAAGUCUAUCCUAACAAGGAUCAACUCCAACAGUAUGAAACUCAGUGGAACCAGUGGCAAGAGCAAAUGGUAUCAACGAACCAGCACUUCCAAGAAAGAAUGGAUGCUCUAAGAAAUGUUCAACAGCAGUACAUGAGCACUCAACCCCCAAAUUACCUGGAAAAUACAUCAAGAGGAUUGAUGUCUCAAACUCUGCCGAUGCCUCCAGUGCCACCCAUGGGGAUGCCACCUACACCACCAUUAACUGGUUCUUCUACUCAAGGAACAACAAGUUCACCCGCAAUCUCAGUUUCUUCAGAUGAGAAAAGUCCACCAAUUUCCCAAACCCCUACAACGGUGUCUCAGGCUCCUCCUUCCAUGUCUCAGGCUCCUCCUUCCAUGUCUCAGGCUCCUCCUCCUCUCAUGUCUCAGGCCCCUCCACUGGUAUCUCAAGCCCCACCACCAGCAACUCGGAUGCCUCUGCCAAUGUCUCUAAUGCCUCCACUGAUGUCAGGCCCACCACCGCCGUUGACUCUGCCGCCUUCCUUAAUGGCUCUGCUGCCCCCGCCAAUGAGCAUGCCACCUCCCCCUCUGGCUCCUCCACCAAUGACUAUGGCACCACCGCCGAUUUCUCAAGCCCCCCCUCUGCUGACCACUCCACCACCAUCGCAGGCUCCUCCACUGAUGACUCGGCCCCCUCCACCUAUGACUCUGACCACUUCUUCAAUGUCGCAAGCGUCUACACCAUUAUCUCAAAGUUCACCUGCUGUUGCAGAACAGAAGAGACCCUUGAUUCCAACACCACAUGACGAAGUCAAAGUGUCAUCUUCAGUUUCAACACCACGCUAUAGUCGAUUUGGGCAAUACGGGAUAAAGCCACCAGAACAGUCCCAAAGUGGGCUGCAAUUUGAAGACCUUGGAGCUCCAAGUAGGUUUGAUGGACCCCGUGGAAGAGGAAAACGCAAAUUUGAAGAGCCAGGAGCAAGAGAAGGUUCUCGGUCACGUUUUGAUUCAAGAGGUCCUGCAUUUCAAGGUUAUCGCUAUGAGGGACUCCAAGCAAAAUUUGAAGGGCAGGGUGUAGGCCUGCAGGUUGAGAGUGAGGUUGCUACACAAUGCACCAAGAAUGAGGCUGCAGAUCAUCAUGUUAAGGGUGAAAUUAGAGUUGACAGUAUUAAAGAUUCGUCUGGUGGGGCACAGGAUAAAAAACAAACUCCAGGUCAUCAACCUGCGGCCAAGCCAUCGAGGCAGGCUCCAGAUAAUGAACUAAAAACUCAGGAUCCAAGUAGCUUCCUUGAAAAACAAGGGUUGCUUAACUGUCCUGGGGAGCAAGUGUCUGGAAGUCAACUUGAGAAUGCUGAGAAGCAAGUUCUUGAAAAGCAGGAUAGUUUCCGUCAGAUUAAGGGAAAUUCCUUUGAAACACAGAGUCCUAUUAAUUGUCUGGAAAAACAGAGUGCUGGUAAACAACUUGAGAAGCAGGGUGAUAGUUUUGAGGGCCAAGGUCCCAAUCGUUGUUUUGACAUGCAGGGUGUAAGUAAUCGCAUUGAAAGCCAUGGUCCUGGUCUUCACUUUGAGACCCAAGGUCCUGGCAAAGUCAUUGAAGGCCAAAAGCCUAGCAAUCAAUUUGAAGGGCAGGUUCCUGGCAACAACAUUAAGAGUGAGGGUCCCAGCAGUCGUCUGGAAGGUCCAGGUCCUGGCAGUUGUCCUGAAGGUCUAGCUCCCAGCAUUGGCUCUGAGGGAUAUGGACCCAGCCAUCACUUUAAAGGGCAAGGGCAAAGGGGUCACGUUAAGGGCCAUGGACCUGGCAAUCGUUUUGAUGCCCAGUGGCCUGAUGGUCACUAUGAGGGACAGGGCCGGGGUGGCCGCUUUGAACGCCAAGGUCCGGGUACCUGCUUUAGCAACUUUGAGGGUCCAAGAGGCCAUUUUGAAGGCCAGGGGAUGGACAGUGGCUUUCAGGGUCCCGGUGGUCGGUUUGACAACCAGGGGAGAGGCCAUUUUGAGGGCCCUGGUGGCGGCUUUGUGGGUCCAAGUGGUCCCUUUAAGGAUCCCGACGGACACUUCGAGGGUCAGGGCGGGAUCUUCGAGAGUUCUGGCAGAUUGUAUGACGGCCCCGGAGGGAGAUUUGAGAGUCGGGGUGGACGAUUUGAGGGACACGGCAGCCACUAUGAGGGUCGAGGUGGGCGGUUUGAGGGUGCAGAUGCUAAUUUUGAUGCACCAGGAGGCCAUUUUGAUGUCCCGGGAGUGCGAUUUGAUAGCCUGGGUUCUGGUGGGUUUGAGAGUCCAGGUGGCCAAUUUGAAGGCCAGGGUCAGGGAGGUCACUCUGAGGGCCUAGGGCGUGGCGGUCACUUCGAGGGCCAGGGCAGGGGCGGUCGUUUUGAAGGGCAUGGGAGGGGCAGCCGCUUUGUAGGCCAAGUUAGGGGUGGUCGCUUCGAGGGCCCGGGGAGAGGCAGCCACUUUGAGGGCCAGGGAAGGGGUGGGCGCUUGGACGGCCAGGGACAUGGCAGUUGCAUUGAUGGCCUUGGGCGCGGUGGCCGCCACAAGAAUCAUGGACGUGGCAGUCUUUUGGAGGGCCCGGGUUCAGGCAAUAGAUUUGAAGAUCAGGGUCCUGGUGGUCGCUUUGGGGGCCAAGGUCCUGGGAAAUACUUUGAGGAACCGAAUCCUGAUAACUGCUUUGAGAAUCAAGUUUACUUGGAAGGACAAGAUUCAGACAAUCGUUUUGAGAAUCAGGGUUCAGGAGUUAAUCGCUUUGAUGUGCCAAAGGCCGGUCGAUUUGAUGGUCCAAGAGGUGGAUACUUUGAAGGACCAGGAGGCAAUUGCCUUGAGGGACAGGGUAAAGGCACCCGCUUUGAAGGGCAGGCUAAAGGCAAUCGCUUUGAGAAGCAUGGCCCAGGGCACCGUUUUGAGGGGUCAGGGCCACACUUUGAAGGACCAGGUGCAGCACAGCGAUUUGAUAGGCAGGUUCUAGGACAGCAAUUUGAGGGACCUGGACAACGGAUUGAGGGUUCUGCUGGACGACUUCAAGUGCCUGGAUCACGGUUUGAUGGACCACAGGGUCCAAGAUCAAGUGAUCCUCAAGGGCCAUCUCCCAGUGGAUCUUCCAUACCUAUCUCAAGAUCAAAAGGACCUCAAGUUUCAGCUGGGCAAAUCGGAAAAGAUUUGAAAGGACUCCAAUCUUCUCAGCCAUCUUCAAAGCAAGAUUCAGGACAGGUAAAACCUAUUGGAGAUGUGAAGCUGGAAAAUACAGUAGAAGAUAAAAAUGUAACACAAAGUAUUGGUACUGUACCACAGCCUUUAUCUACCACAGUGCCGGUAGAUGAAAAUAAUCCAGCCCACGGAAUAUUUGCUGCCACAGAUCCCAAAGGUUCUGACUCUUUAGCUGGUAAAGAUUUGUUGAAAACAAAUGCUAAUUUAUCUAAAUCACAUGAAAUUCAGAAGAAAAUGGACGGUUCUGACGUUCCUUCAGUCACUGUAGGUCACGUCCAAAAAGAUCCAGUGACAAUGUUGCCUUCAAAUUCAGCAUCUACCACAAAGAUCAUAUUUGAAAAACAUGGACUAAAAACUGUAGAAACUGGAAAGAGAUUUGAAUCCACAUCAUUGUGUCAGAUUAAUGACCGAGAGAAAGGUCCAGAACACAGGCCACAGAUUGGCACGGAGUACAUGUCUAUGCGCAAGGGGGACAUUCCCAUUGAUGGUCCAGAGAUGAGACCAUAUCAAAAGACAGAAAUGCAAGCAUCUUGGCAUCAAGAAGGAGGGAGACAAAUGGAUGAUCGUUUCUCUGGACCUAGAGGAGGUCCAGGGUAUGAAAGAGAAAGAGCCGCAUCCUGGGAAAGGAAUAAUUGGAGAGACACAGGCCCAGACAUCUGGGAUGAGCGAGAUCCAUUUAGGAGAGAUGAACGGCCGCUUCUUCGCACCCCCAUGAAUCAGGAAAUAUCAAAUCAAAGGGAAAACCGAGCACCUCCUGCAAAUGAAACUUUUGACAGAGGAUUUGACCAAGACUUUGACAAGAGUGGAAAAUCACAAGAAUAUGGGUUUAACAGAGACAAUGAGCGCAACAGGGAGUACUUCCACAGACCAGACGAAUGGGAACAUCAUGGUCGUGGACGAGAAUUCUCUCCUUUGCAUCCACGACCAGACAGGUGGAGAGAAGAGCAGUGGAGGAUUGAACCUGAAAGAGGCUAUCAGCAAGAGCAACAACGGGAGUUGUGGGGGCGGGACUAUCCAGAAAGGCAAGAGUGGAGGAGAGACGAACGAAUUUAUCCUCCGGACAGGCUUGCCUGGCAGAGAGAACGAAUUGAUGAAAGAAGGUAUCCUGAAGCAGACAACAGGAGAUUACCCUUUGACAAUUUGCGUGAAAUUCCAUCCCAGACCGGUCCUGCUCAUGUGUCCGCUUUACCUGAAGAAGCACCGCUGCCUUUCUCAGACAAACCUAUGGUGGACCAACCACCCGGUGGGCAAAAUAUUGUAGCUUUGUCUGAGCGAGAACAUGAAAUCAUUUUGAAGGCAGCACAGGAAUUGAAGUUAUUACGAGAGUUGCAGGAGAUUGAAAGAGUACCUCUACUUCCCAACAAAACAGAUUCCACUGGAAUUCCUCCAGUAAUUCAAGAUUAUCAAAACUCUAAGACUGGUAAAGACUUCUACAAGGAUAUGGCGAGCACUGACAACUCAUUACUUGGUCCUGGACCAUCAGAUGCUCCCGUUCAAUCAGAGCGUUGGGACACUGACACAUUCCAUGGAUUGUGGGAUUCUGCAUCUGAUCCCAAAAAUCCUGAUUCUAAUUAUGGCUUUCAUGAAUCUUCACCAAUCUCAACUACUCCUCUGAACAAGCCACCGCCAAUUCAAAAAACCGUUGAUUAUGGACAUGGGCGUGAUUCAGGAUCAGGAAGAAUUGAACAGAUCCCUUAUGGAGAACGAGUUUCACUCGGUCCUGAGCCAAUACGGGAAAGGAUAUUCGAUAAAGAUUUAAUAGGUCCCCGAGAUCGUUACGGAGACAGAGAUCCAUUUUUAGAACGAAGGGGAGAUCCUUUUUUGGAUCGCAGAGAUUUUGAUAGAGAGCAUGAUCUCUACAGGGAUAGAUCGAUCGGUGAUUAUGAAAGGGAAGGAUUUGAUCGUGAAAGAUUUGGACGUGAAGAAAGAAUGUCUCACAGUCAACCUGGUAGGUCAGGUGGAUAUCACAACUAUCAGGAUAAUAAAGACCCUUUCAACCGAGGGGGAUUUGACAGGCCACCACAGUUUGAUCGCUUAUCCGAUCGACCACCAUUUGAUCAUGCACCCACUGGUUUUGGAGGUGAAAGAAGGGGAUUUUCUGAUGAGAGGAUACCUGCAGCAGCCCCUCAUCCACCACAUCCGCCUCCACGUGUUGAAAAGAAGCCAGAAAGUAAAAAUGUUGAUGAUAUUCUAAAAGUGCCUGGCAGACAAAGCCGGCCUGAUAGGAUUGUAGUUAUUAUGCGAGGACUCCCUGGCAGUGGGAAGACGCAUGUUGCAAAACUCAUUCGUGAUAAGGAGGUAGAGUAUGGAGGAGCUGCACCACGGGUUCUCAGCUUGGAUGAUUACUUCAUGACUGAGGUAGAAAAAGUGGUGAAGGACCCAGACAGUGGCAAACGAGUUAAAAAGAAGGUUUUGGAGUAUGAAUAUGAGCCAGAAAUGGAGGACACAUACAGAAGCAGCAUGUUCAAAACAUUCCGCAAGACGCUGGAUGAUGGCUUUUUCCCCUUCAUCAUUGUGGAUGCCAUUAAUAGCAGAAUCAAACAUUUUGAGCAGUUAUGGAGCGCAGCCAAAACUAAAGGCUUUGAGGUUUAUAUUGCAGAAAUGAGUGCAGAUAAUCAAACCUGUGUCAAGAGGAACAUCCAUGGUCGCAAAUUGAAGGAAAUCAAUAAGAUGGCUGAUCAUUGGGAUUCAACUCCACGCCAUAUGUUGCGUUUAGACAUUAGAUCGCUCCUCCAAGAUGCUGCAAUUGAAGAUGUAGAAAUGGAGGAUUUUGAUCCCAGUACUGAGCAACAGCCACAAGAGUCUGAAGAGCAACAAGAAGAUGAAUCUACAAAGGAUGCUGCUGAUGAGGAGGAAUACGAAACGGGUUUCGUGACAAAAAGCAAAUGGGAAAUGGACACAUCGGAGGAGAAUCUAGACAAGCUGGAUGGGUUGAGGAGCGGCAACAAACGGAAGCGAGGUUGGCAUGACAGUAUUGCAAACCAAUUGGAAAAUUACCUUCAACUUCCUGAUGACUAUAACUCUCGUUCUUCAGAACCUGGAAAGAAACGGGUGAGAUGGGCAGAUUUGGAAGAGGAGAAAGAUGCUGAGCGCAAACGAGCCAUAGGAUUUGUGGUUGGACAAACAGACUGGGAGAAAAUUACAGAUGAAAAAGGCGAAUUAGCACAGCGAGCAUUGAACCGCACUAAAUAUUUCUAAGGAACAGUUUGAAUUGUUUUUUUACAAUGAGGCUCUGCGAUAGCAGUGGAGAAAAAGGGCAAGAGAUCUUUCGUAAUGGUUGGGCAUACAAGAAAUUUCACAAUUUGAGUUUUUUUGUUUUAUUUACUGUUACACUGAAUGUACGAGCAACUAGACUAUUGGUGGUUGACUUAUCUUAUUAGUGGCCUGUGAGAAUUUUUUUUUAAGUUAAUCGGUAGUGUCAUUAAAAUCUUAAGUUGAAACCACACUAAUUGUAAUCCAGUGUGUCCUGAGCCUGCUAUCAUGGCUUUUCUUCAUCAGCUCGUUUUUUAAAAAUAUAUUGUAUUAAUGUAUUGUUCCUUGCUCUGUCCAUACCAAUUGUAAUUUUAAGGAGCAAUAAAGUUAAUUUGAAACCAAGGAACAGUUCAUGUGUCUACGCAGCAUGGGUGUUCCAACAUAUGUGUGUUUAUUAAGUGUUCAGCAUUUCUGUUUUUACUUUGAGAUAUCAUUCCAGCGUUUUUAUUUUGGACAGUGAAUGCCCCGAUCUUGCUUGACAUUUGGAAGAAGCGGUAGCUAGUGUGUCCAUCAUUUCUGAUGGCGCUUGGGGAAGUGCACUUCAGAGUUCUGGAGGUGUGUACUGUUCCACAUGAUACCACGCGGCUGGAUUGUGCACACUUCCAGCACCAGUUAUACAUUGUUAUCAAAGUGCGAAAUACCAGAAAUGAUAAUAUCAUCUUAUUAGAAAUGUUAACAAUUACAGUUUAUUUUGUGCUCUGCUGUAGAUGUACCACAUUUACUCUCACAAUGCAGCUGCGAAAAGGGGUAUGACUGAGAAUGAAAAAUUGCAAUUUAAAUGUAUAAUAGAAAUUUUGCAAUAUUUAUUCUGAGUUAAACUUUAAAUUCGUUUGAAUUGAAGAAAGCUAUUAUUUUAAAGCUUUUUGAAGUCUAUUUUGGGAAAUAUAUGUGCCAAAAUUAUAUUUUUCAGAAGGGAGAAAAGUGUGAUUUUCCAAGUAAUUAAAUUCUGUAUGCUUUUCUGUUGCUGAUAAAAAUAUUUGUGAAGAUUUCAAAUUUACAGAAGACAGCCUCUUAAUAUCAUUUGGAUUCAAAACAUGUCAAAGUAUUAAAUUAAUUUAAAUUUUGGUGUAAAGCAAUUAGAUUUUGGUAUUUGUGAUAGCGAAAGCUGCAGCUGUGAUUAAUUUCACUAUGCGUGCUAACUGAAGAACCAAUAUUAUUAAAACAUUCUAAUGGUGUUACACUGUUGGACAGAAGGAAAGCAUUUAUUCUAUGCUAUUCUUUCACAAUAAUUAGAAAAUACUUUGGCUGUUGGUUCAUUGGAGUAGUUUAAAAAAUGAGUGUGUAUAGAACUGUUAAAUAUCAUUGUCAUGUUUUGGUACAAAUCAAUUGUAGACCAGAGCUUUAUUUUUAAAAAAUAUGCUCUUUUUAGAGUUCCCUAUUGGAAUUUAAGAUAGUUUCUUUUGAUCUGAUUUCUUUACAUCUGGUUGCUGUUUUUAUACCUCCUUACAGAAUGAUUUAUUGCUCAAGUAGGUUUGUUUUCGAGAUUCUGUGGUUUUGCUUUGUCCGACCUAAAACCAGGACAGAUUUCUAACAAAACAUCAACUAUUGUCCUACGUAUUGAUCUAAGUUAACUAAAAUGUAAUUCGCUGCCUUUUUGGCCUAAUCUGUUGUGAAAUAUUUGCUUUUCAUUUGCAGUAAUUGAGUUCCUACGUAUCUUCAGCUUGCUUCGUAAAUAAAUGUCUU